AUGCCAUCAGCUGUAACUGCGUGUCUGCAGCGUGCUAAGGGCACAACUCGAUCGGAGUUGGCGAAUGUUGCUUCUCAUCUGGCAGUUUCGCUUAUGAGUGAGAAGGAGAAAGAAGAGCUGCUGCCAUCAAUGCUUUCGGCGUUAGACAAGCCUAAUGUUACGGCUGGAGAUUGUUGGCUAGCAAGCGCUUUCAUCGUAACCUGCCCCACAUCUACUGCUACCACAUUGUCAACAAUAAACAAACUUUUGAAUAUCGCCGAAGAAGGCUACAAUAAGCCUAACAAUGUGUUGGAAUCGGCUCUGGGUGCACUUUCCAAUAUUCUGCGUAGAAUUUUGUCAAAGGAUGAGAAGUUUGAACUGUCUGAAGAGGAUCUUGGUCGCGUGCUAGCUGUUUGCGAGAAGAUUGCAGUCUCCAGGAAGGACGCUGUAUCGACAAAGGCACAUGAGGAGUCCACUAGAGCUAUAGGGUUCUGCGCCACUACCAUGGAUGAUGGACUUUACGAAAAGCUGACGUCAAGUCUAUACUCAAUUGGAAGCGGUCCCCCACAACCUGAAGUGCAACUUGUAGUUGGAUCUGCUUUAUUUGACGUUGCCCUUGGACCGUACACAUCUUCUCGGCGCAAUCUUUACUUGAUAGCUGAGGACGACAUCAAGCUCCCUUCUUUACCCAACGACGUUCAACAGAAGUGUGAAGAUCGAUUGAGCCGUAUAUUGUCCAAAAUCUUCGAGAAACUUCCUUCCACAAAUCAUCAUGAAAGAAGAUCUGCACUUGUUUGGUUGUUUGUUAUAGUAAGAAAAAGUUCCAAAGCCAAAGCUGCUGUCCUGCAUGGUAUGCUAGACAGAAUCCAAUCGGCGUUCGGGAUGGGACUAUCAGAAACCGAUGAUUUCAUCCAGGAUAUUGCUUCGAACGGAGUAGGUUUAAUCUACGAACUGGCAACGGCUGAGCAGCGCAAGGCUCUUGUGAACGAUCUUAUGUCCAAUAUAUCUGAAGGAAAACCGUUUGCGGCUGUUAAACUCGACUCAAAUUCCGUUGUUUUUGGCAAGGAACAAAACAUAACUGGUCCUGAUGGAGUUUGUCCAUAUUCGGACGAUACUGUUUUGUGGUUUAGACAGCAGUUGAGCACAUACAAAGAGCUGUGCUCCUUAGCUACAGAUCUUAAUCAGCCUGAUCUCGUUUAUAAGUUCAUGAAUCUUGCAAGACACAACUCUGUGUGGAACACCAAAAAG